UUUGGAACUCAUUUGCUACAUGAGGUACUCUUUAAGCUACAAGCCACGAGUUCAGGUACUGAACUUACACUUUUCUCCAUUGUUUAUUGGACACAUCCCCUUCUUUACUGUCAUCCUCACCGAGGCACCAACCCCAGGCACUACCAGUCUCCCCAGCACACCGACGGACUUAUACCCUCAUCCCCAUCUUCACACUCCACAUCCAAACACAAACAGGCCAAUAUUCACAUCUUCACCUUCCCGUCCAGUUGUAAAAAGUCUAAAAAGCAUUUCAUCCCGGUUCACAAAUCAUCUCCAUCACACCGAUCUUUCCCCUUCUCCGCCUCUCCAUCAGACCGGACACGGUCUCCAAUUCCAAGAUCUUGAUGAGUGUAUCGUGCUAUGUCUUGCAGCCACUCCAUGUAGUGGGUUUUGCCUAUAUCCUCCUCAUGAGAAAGAUGGAUUAUUUAUGUGCUCAAGUAUUGAUUUAAGAACAUUUUAAAAUGAGGAGUACAUACGGCUGCUUCUAGCCUCAAUAGAAGAUAGAUCUACAAACCAUAGACAAGACAAAAGGCCACGCUUGGCAGCGGGAAUGAUAGCAUCAACGGUGAAGAAGCCAUUGUUGGGGAUCACCGUCCUAGCUUUCUCCAUCUUCAUAGCCAUCAUUUUGUUUCCUCCUUUAAAUCCCUUUUCUGAGACCCUAUUUUCUCCCAGUUCUUUGCUUCAGACACGAAAGACCAGAAAUAUGGAGCACCCGAAGGCUCGUGGGAUGGCGGCCUUGCAAUUGGUGGAUUCAACAUAACUUUACUGCUCUCCCAGGUGAGACCAACGGUUAUAUCAGAGUGGAUUGUUAUGGUGGGCUCAAUCAGAUGAGGCGUGACUUAUGUGAUGGAGUUGGCGUAGCUCGUUUACUUAAUGCAACUCUUGUUCUGCCCAAGUUUGAAGUCGCUGCAUAUUGGAAUGAAUCAAGAGAUUGUUUCAAAGGAACCUUUCGGAGUUGAUUGCAGAAAACGGAAAGGCCUAUUUGACUAUGUUGAAAGUGUUCUUCCUUCUCUUUUGGAGCAUCGCUAUAUUGCUAUCACACCUGCAAUGAGUCAAAGGAGGGAUAGUUAUGGGUGUGUAGGCGUGGUCGAUUUGAUGCAGUCUUGUCUAUCACGAAAAAGAUGCCCUAUUUGUGAUUUUUCUUCCCUGAAUAAGUUCCAGGUAUCCUCUGCAUGCAAAAGCUGCAUUUUGUCAAGGUUGUUACAAUGCCUUACGUCUCGUAGGUUCACUUGAGAAGAAAGCUUCUGAUCUUCUACAAACCAUCCCAAAACCCUUCUUGUCCCUCCACCUCCGGUUUGAACCAGACAUGGUGGCUUACAGCCAAUGUGACUAUCCAAACCUCUCUCGCUCUUCCACAAAAGCAAUAGAGGCUGCCCGAAGUGACAGAAAGCCAUGGACAGGAGAAUAUGCCCGGAUUUGGAGAAACCGGGGGAAGUGCCCCCUCACUCCAAAUGAAACCGCAGUUAUCCUUAAAUCCCUUUCUAUCCCCAGAAACAUAACCAUCUAUUUGGCGGCCGGUGACGGUUUGAUGGAGAUUGAAGGGCUUAAAUCGGUCUACACGAACGUGGUGACCAAAUCAGCUCUUAUCAGCAGUGAAGAUUUAACAAAGAUGCAUGGGAACACAAAAGCCGCACUUGAUUAUUAUGUGUCGAUUAACAGCGAUGCUUAUGUGGCUACUUAUUUUGGGAACAUGGAUAAGAUGGUGGCGGCGAUGAGGGCAUUCAAGGGGUUGGAUAGGACAUUGUUCUUGAACAGGAGGGAUUUUUCUAUGUUUGUUUCUCAGGGUCUUGUGGGGAAGGAGUUGGAAGAUGCCAUUUGGAAGGUUCACAGGGAUGAUUAUGUGAUGGGGAAGGGAUCUGCAUUGCCAGACUGCUUCUGUGAAGAAAAACUUUAAACUAUAUCCUAAAGUUCACUUUUAUUUGUUAUUUAAUUGAUUUUGUUUCCAAUGAGCAUCUUGCUCAUUUUCCUUUUAGGUCCAAUAGUGUAUUUUGUUGACUAUUGAAGUUUCUGCAGAAAAGAUUCAAAAGGCAAAAAGAUUAAAACAGAGAGAGAUCAUCCAAGUAAAGUGCCAAAAAACUGUGCCA